AUGUCUUAUUUCUUACAGAGGGUACGACUCGCUGAGGUCCUCCGCAACUUCACUGACCGAGUACCUCUCACAAAUUCUUCAAAUCCAGAUGUCCACUCAUACGACCUGGUUUUGGAAGUUGAUGCGGCCAUCGAGCAAUUCAUUCAAGACCUACCGCCAUUCCUCAAGUUUAAUACGGGUGACCUACAGCAGCUCCCUGCUACAGAAGCACAUAAAAGUCCAGGGCUGAUUAUUCAGCGUCAUGUCAUGAGUGUCUUUGUCCAUGGCCAAAGAUGCAAACUUCAUCUUCCAUAUCUAGCCCGUGGAGCAGUCGAGCCAACAACACCAGCUCGAGAAGGAAGCUACAAGUUUUAA